GAGCAUGAAGACUCAGCUGGAGGACGGCCCGGCUUCGAAUGUGAUCAACAGAGCAGCGGCGAGUCGUGGUCACAGGGUCUAAAGCAGGUUGAUCAAGAGUUUACAACAAUGGAUACUUUGACAGAAGAUGUGUCGCGGGCGGAUCUGGACUCUGAGAUGAGAGUGCUGACGCCUGAAGAUAUCACCGGACGAGACCUGGAGGCCGGCGAUGAAGUGGAGAUCCUCAGAAACAGUUUACGCGAGGCCGUCCACGAUGACAACGUCCGACCCAAGAUGCAGUGCCUGAUGAUGGACUCCUCCUUCUCCAUGGUCACCAUGCAAGGCGAGGACAGCGGGAUCGUGUGGGAGAUGACCCCCAGCCGCUGCGCCACGCCCUGGGGGUCCGAAGCUGGAGGAAGCCUCGGCGUGGACCUCGGCCGUGCCGCACCCGGGUCUGGGCCGGCGGGGAAGAUCAUCUUCGUCAUGGACGAGGGGCUGAUUUCAAGACCAAAGAGAACUAAAGAGAGGGUUAGUCAGAAGAGCAAAGCAGGAAGACAACCAAAGGUCCUCGGAGAAAGUUCCGACGACGUCUCCGGGAGGCCGGAGUUAGUAGAAGUCUCGCAGCCGAAUGUGAAGCCCGAGGAAGGCGACGAGGAGGACGACCCUCUGGUGGAUAAAGAGCAGCAGCUGUUCAGCUUGGUCUGCGAGGGCUCUGAAAUCCUCAACAUUGUUGUUCCUGCAAAACUGGCAACUGUGGAUGAAGAGGAGAGCAAAGAAAUGGUGGACAACCUUUCGUAUCUGGAGGAGAGCCUCGUUCCCAAAGCCAGCGUGGAGACUCCCGAUAACGAGCCGGCGUUGACAGGAUCGGACGCAGCGAGAGGGCACCGGGUCGAGCCCUCGCCUUCCGUAGGUACGAGCGCGAUGGAUCCGCCCGGCGCUCCGGUGGCCAGGCCGGCGGGCAGAGGAGCUGCUGGCAACCUGGACUACUUCGAUGCCUUCGCCCUGAUUGAUGGCCAGGCUCCGGGAGGUCCUUCUGGGGCCGCACAGGUGGAGCAGGAGGCGAUGGUUGUCCACGAGAUCCAAGACAACAAGAACCCCGUGCAGUCCGAAGACAACAACACCUCCACAACAACGGCUGCGGAUAAUGACAAGUCCGACACUCUGAGUCUGUUGGAAAUCACCAGCGAGCUUCUGGAUGAAGUCUUCUACGGCGGUACGGGCAGCUACUCCAUGACACCCCUGGACAAAGACGACGGACGCGCUGCGCCCUCCAGGUUGCCUUCGAAAGCCAGCGGCUCCAAUUUGUUUGGCAGCCAAGAGGAGAUCCUGACUCCGAUCUUCCUGCCAGACGGACCUCCCAAGAUUAUCGACCAAAUUUUGCUGGAAGAGCCCCAAGCCAUGGCUUUCCUUUACACCGACCUGUACGAGGAAGCAGUCGGCAGCCGGAAAAUAGAAGAGGACACAGAGAGCGUGACGUCCGAGAAGUCCUUCCACAGCAGGCAAUCGGACCGGGAGGCCCGAGGGUAUCUGGAGAAAUAUGUCCUCAUAGAUGAGACUCCUGCGCUGGAAGUGGAGCCGUCCGACGAAGACCAAUCUCCAGAGGAAGGUCCUCGGGUACUGGUCCAAGAUUUGUAUGAUUUUGACGAUUUGAUUUCCAUGCCUGAAAAAGUUGAUGUGCCAAAUUCCGAGGAGGAAAUCACAGACUUCUUCAGGUCCAGUGACAACUCCUCUCCGUUGGAUGUAGAGCCUUUCUCACGAUCUCUCAAGGAGGACGAACUCCAAGCAACUCCAACAACCAAAGACAAAAAAAGCAAAAACGUCUCCAUCAAGGUAGAGAAUGUGGCUAAAAUCCCAGUGGAUCCACUCGGCGCCUCAAGCUUCGAGUUUCUCCCGGAAGAACCCGACUGGGGAAGCGAAGACGAUCAUCUUGCGGCUCUGGACGAGAAGGAGCUUGACGUAGAUCAGGAAUUGCGGAAGCCAGUCGCCCCUCCAAGGAGAAAGGCCACAUCCUCUCCCAAGGCGUGUCUGGACCUCACACCUUUGACUCCGGCCGACGUUACAACGCAGGAAAAGGAAGAGGCUGGCGGGAAGGAGCAGAGGGUGGAGGAGAAAGAGACGGCGUCACCGGCGGAGACCGCCGAGGAGCGAGAUGGUGAGGAAACGACGGAGCCCGUCUGCGAUGCUGCUCUCCUUCAAAAUGCCUUGGUGGCAAUGGAGUCCCAACAAACUGAGAGCGCAGCCGGCGUCAGAGACACAGAACCAGCUGCAGCUCACAAGAGAGACGCUGAAACAAGUGAGAGUGAAGCGGCGACAAAACAAACUGAACCGCAAGAAGUAGACGUUAAAACUGAGGUUCAUCCAGAUAAACAAGUCGAUAGUUCCGCUAAAGACAAAGGACAGUGUGUAAUACUUUAGGUGAGCUCCUGUGUUCAACAGGCGUGUUGCUGAUGUGUCUUCAAAGUCUUAAAAUCAUCGUAGAAUUAAGGGAAAUUCUUUACUUUUCAUAUUUAGAAGUGCCAAAUAGUUUGUAUUGCAUGAUCUAAUUUGCUCCCGGCUGUACUCAUAGUCCAUAAAGUUAAAGAUCUAAACUUUAUUUAAAAACAUUGACCAAAUAUCCAGAGGAGGAAAUGUUCCUUAUUUAUAUUUUUUCAUCCAGUCUCUGCCGUUUGAGGGGUUGGUGCGUGAAUCUUGGCGUGUUUGAAGGGAGAAGUUUGGGUCACGAGUGAGAAUAAAAAAGGUUGAGCGUG